GUACGUGAUAUACACAAAUAUAAGUCGGUAUUUGUCUUUCUACUGCCCACAUCAAUUCCUGCACCUGUUUUAAGAGACAAAGAAAAUCAUUAAAUCCGCAUCAAAAACGUGCGCUUCAUAAGACUCGCUUUUUGCUUUUUCAUAUUAAARCCAGCUGCUUCAGUUCUAUAUAUAUAUUAUAUAUGAUAAAUUGAUUAAACAGGAUUAUUUUCGCGGCUUUAUCAAAAUGAUGAAAACAGUUAUAAACGUCUUUUUGCUUCAACCAAAUGUUUAUAUUUUGAUAUUUUUGGAAAUGACAGCUGGACUUCAUAUAAAUGAUGAAGCGGCGCAAACUGCGGGGAUUUGUGAAUAAUGAAGACAACCGUUCAGUCUGACAAGUGCUUGGGAGAACAACACUCGUGAAAUAUAGUAUCGAGAACUUAAAAAGAAUCCCAAAAUUCCCAGAAGACGUGUAAGGUCGACCUAGGAAGCUGGAUGACAGAAGAAUCAUGGACUGAUUGAUCAAAUUAAAAGAAGAGAUAAACAAGGAGAAAGAUGAACGUCAAAUUUUCUUUAAAACGUAUAUAGUGCUGCAAAAUUGGUCGUUCUCUUGAGUGGUAAAGGUUGACGUACAUCUCCUUUUUUUGUUGAUCCAAGUGGCUUCACUGGCUGCCACAAUGGAUGGACUUACCGAUAAAGCAAAUACAUUUUGGUUCGUUGGCUUCGUUGCUGAAGGCGUUGUAAUCAUCUGUUGCAACGUUAUCGCAAUUAUUAUCUUCGCAAAGAAAAUUCAUCAGUCAAAAUCAUGCAUUCUUCUCGUGAAUCAGAGUAUCGCAGACCUUUUAGUUGGCGCAGUUUCACUGCAUUUUGGUUUUCAAUACAMYUCUAUAGAUUCUYAUCUCUCAGAAGAGCUGCAUCAAGUUUGUAGACCAGUACAAGAUGCAAUAAGAAUAUUYAUUUGGUAUUUCGUAAUCGACACUUCUCUGACAUCUCUUUGCUUUAUAUCCUUAGAACGGGCAUGUGCCGUGUUCAAACCAUUUCGCCAUCGAGUUUUAAAGACUAGAACGUAUUACUAUUUCAUUCUGCUAAUGUGGUCCAUAUGCUCUCUGCAAUGCUUGCCCAUGAUAAUAUCACGAUGUCAAAGUUUUCGGGAUAUUUUAAUUUCUGUAUUUUCUCUGGGAUCGCUUUUGGGCUGUCUCGUAAUUAUAGUCGUUUCCUACACCAGUAUCUACAUCAAACUCAGGUUUUUCCCAAAUAUUCAAGUAAACUGCCAAAGCCAAAGACAGAUUAAACUUUGCAGAACACUCUUUUAUGCGUCCAUGGCAUCAAUGGUCACCGUUCUCCCUUCAGCUGUCGAACAAAUCGUGUCUAAUGCACAAAGUUUGAAAAGAACAAAGAUUUCGAACUUGUAUGAAGUUACAAUGCUCCUUCUGUUUUCUAACUCUUUUAUCAACUUUUUUAUAUAUGCCUGGAGAUUUCCUGAAUUCAGUAAGGACAUGAAAACGUUGUUCCGUUGGARAAGACCGAUUGUGAGUGCCAUUGAGGUGGAGGGUAGACCGGAGCCGAUCUCUGAGCAGUGAUCUCAAACUGCAGGACAUAGCUGCAGGUUUCUGUGCCUAAUCCACGUGAUGGGUGCAGGAGGGCAGUCUCAUUGUAGACCUUGGACAAUUAGUGAUACUCAUCCUCCCCCCUAUUUUGUGUCACCCUUGUGAUCAUUGUUGUAGAAGAAGAAAGAUAGACUUUGCCAGAAUUGCUUACGACCAAUAGUUAACUGACGUGGUAAAAAAAAUACUGUUGUACAGGACGCAGCUUGGUUUUAAUGUGUAAAUGUUAAGUUUGGGGRAAAAGGGAGUUAUUGAUGCGGAUGUAAUCAUCUUCGCAUUGUAUUUCUUAGCAGGGAGUAUAUUGCAUAAGAAAAGCUCUCAUAAUAAAUAACUUGUAGUUGUAAA